UCCUUGCCACGAUCAUCAUCCCCUGGCUGACCCGUGAACACGCCGACCCCGCUUCCCAAAGCCCGAAACAUCCAUCAUGGCGUUCCACUCGGCCGUGGGGAAGCUUGAGGUUGUGCAAGGGGCCGGGUUCUUCCGUUGCCAGGGCCCAUCCACCCCGAAGCAAUCCCCCUUCCCCGCGUGCUCCUCUCCGCGUGCCCGCUGGUCCCGCCCCGGUAUAAAGUUCGCGCGGGGCGACUCGUCCGUCCAAACUCUCCAAAAAACGGCUUGCUCACUCUCCCACCUUCGCACCGGCCGGUUUUGCUUGGCAUUCGACUGACUCGAGACGCGUUCAUCCCCGCCGCCAUGUCUAACCUCUUCGUCGAGCUGAAGACGCCGGUUACCGGGCCCUAUCGGCAGCCCACCGGACUCUUCAUCAACAACGAGUUCGUCGAGGGUGUCGACAAGAAGACGUUUGAGGUCAUCAACCCGGCCACCGAGGAGGUCAUCUGCUCGGUGCAUGAGGCGACCGAGAAGGAUGUCGACAUCGCCGUGGCCGCCGCGCGCGCCGCCUUCGAGGGCGUCUGGCGCCGCACCACCCCGCAGCAGCGCGGCAUCUACAUGCUGAGGCUCGCCGACCUGGUCGAGAAGAACCAGGAGCUGCUCGCCGCCGUCGAGUCGCUCGACAAUGGCAAGUCCAUCAGCAUGGCCCGCGGCGACGUCGGCGCCGUCAUCGGCUGCAUCCGCUACUACGGCGGCUGGGCCGACAAGAUCGAGGGCAGGACCACCGACAUCGAGCCCGACAUGUUCCAUUACCAGAGGCGAGAGCCGAUUGGCGUGUGUGGCCAGAUCAUCCCCUGGAACUUCCCGCUCCUGAUGCUCGCCUGGAAGAUCGGCCCCGCCCUGGCCACGGGCAACACCAUUGUGCUCAAGACGGCCGAGCAGACGCCUCUAUCCGCCCUUGUGUUUGCUCAGUUCGUGAAGGAGGCCGGCUUCCCCCCCGGCGUCCUCAACAUCAUCUCCGGCUUCGGCCCGGUCGCCGGUGCCGCCAUCUCGUCGCACAUGGACAUCGACAAGGUCGCCUUCACCGGCUCCACCCUCGUCGGCCGCACCAUCAUGAAGGCCGCCGCGGCGUCGAACCUGAAGAAGGUGACGCUCGAGCUCGGCGGCAAGUCGCCCAACAUCGUCUUCAACGACGCCGACAUCGACGAGGCCAUCAGCUGGGUCAACUUCGGCAUCUACUACAACCACGGCCAGUGCUGCUGCGCCGGCUCCCGCAUCUACGUGCAGGAGGGCAUCUACGACAAGUUCGUCGCCGCCUUCAAGCAGCGCGCCGAGCAGAACAAGGUCGGCGAUCCCUUCCACCCGGAGACCUUCCAGGGCCCGCAGGUCAGCAAGCUCCAGUACGACCGCAUCAUGGGCUACAUCCAGUCGGGCAAGGAGGAGGGCGCCAAGGUCGUCACCGGCGGCGAGCGCCACGGCGACAAGGGCUACUUCAUCAAGCCGACCAUCUUCGCCGAUGUCACGCAGAACAUGAAGAUCAUGCAGGAGGAGAUCUUCGGCCCCGUCUGCGCCAUCGCCAAAUUCUCCACCGAAGAGGAGGCCAUCAAGCUCGGCAACGACACCUCGUACGGCCUGGCUGCUUCUGUGCACACCAAGGACCUCAACACGGCCAUCCGCGUGAGCAACGGCCUCAGGGCGGGCACCGUCUGGGUGAACUGCCAUAACUUACUCAACCAUCAGCUUCCGUUUGGCGGCUACAAGAGCUCGGGCAUCGGCCGCGAACUCGGCGAGGCCGCGCUGGCCAACUACACCGAACUCAAGAGCGUUGCCGUCAACAUGAAGGGCAAGCUCUUCUAAAGCAGGGGGUGCAGUCGGGACCUAUCCAUUUAGGCCGAGCAUGAUCCGCAUUCCUCUGCAUACUCACAGCAGAGAUGCGGGGUUUGCUCAAAUUCAGUGACACACCGCAUUGACCGCCGCCGAUGGAUGGUAAAGGUUGUUUCGGGCACUAGGUUGAUUGGCAACUUAA